AUGAGAGGGACAGGCGCCUCGCUCCCAGGACGCUGUCCCCGCCGCCGCUGGCCUCGCCGUCCUCACAGGCCCAGCCGCCUGCAGCGAGCCCGCGGUCGCGGCUCUGCCCGAGUGCCGGACUCUCCGCAGCAGCCGCGCCCCGCACGGCCCGCACAGCACAACCUGUUCGUCGGACACCCGGGCCACAUGGUGUCCGAGCGGGAGCUGCGCCGGGCGUGCGGGAAGUUCGGCGUCGUCGAGGAAGGGGACGGCACGACGCCUGCCCGAGGGCAGGGUGCGGCCCGCGCCUUCCUGUUCCGGAGCCUGGACAUGGCCCACCGAGCGCAGGCGGCCGCGGCGGGCCGCGGGAUCGGCAGGAGCCCCGAGGAGAGCGGGCACGGCAGGGCCAGCCCCACCACGCGCCUCCGGGUGGGCGGCCUGGGACCCGGCACCUCCCUGGCCGCCCUGGCCCGCGAGUUCGACCGCUUUGGAAUCAUUCGGAGCAUUGACCACGUCAAGGGAGAUAACUUCGCCUACAUCCAGUACGAGAGCCUGGACGCAGCCCGGGUCGCCUGUGCAAAGAUGAGGGGCUUUCCUUUGGGGGGGCCACGCCGCAGGCUCCGGGUGGAUUUCGCCAAGGCGGAGGAGACGCGGUACCCCCCGCGGUACCCACCCGCACCCCUCCCGGUGGAUUAUGAGCUUCUCGCGGAUGGGUGUACCCGGCGCCCAGCCCUGGAUGCGGACCUGCGGGCGCAAGAUAAGACCCACCCGUACCUGCACUUAGAGCGGGACCGGACCUUUUUGGAAGGGGACUGGACCGGCCCCAGGAAGGGUGCGGACUGCAGACCCAGCCUGGGGGGCCCGGGCGGCUCGGUGCGCAGCCGCAGUGGGGAGCGCUGGGCCGGGGACCGGGCGCGAGGCCUGUCCAAGCCCUGGGAAGACCGGCCGGAGGACAGCCGCGGGAGGACAGCCCCCUGUGCUUACAAGGAGGGGAGCUGGACCCAGGGCUUUGGGCAGCAGUAUGACUGCGAGGGGAGCCACGCUGGCGCAGGGGCCACGGAGUCAGGCAGCGCCUCCCUCAGCGGCGGACGUGGGGCUGCGGAGUGGGGCCACCACCUCCACCGCGAAGCCCCAGAGUCUUUCUACCGGAAGAAGACACGAGAGAGAGAGUGCAGUUAUGGGACCCCUGAGGCAGAGCCCCAGCCUCAGGAAGAAUCAAAACAGGAGCCCAAAAAGCUGAAGACUCUUUCAGAGUACGCUCAGACGCUGCAGCUGGGUUGGCAGGGGCUUCUAGUGCUGAAAAACAGCUGCUUCCCGAUAUCUCUGUAUGUCCUAGAGGGGGACCAGGGAGUUAUCAGUGGACUCCUCAGAGACCAGACUUCCGGGAGCAGGCUGACCCAGCUGAGGAUGACACAGCGCCUUCGACUGGACCAGCCCAAGUUCGACGAGGUCACGCGACGCAUCGGGCGGGGGAGAGCCCGUGGCUACGCCGUGCUUCUAGCCACACAGUCGGUCUCCAGCGGGCCUGGCACCGAGGGGAUGCCCGCCGUGGAGCCAGGCCUGCAGAGGCGACUUCUCAGGAACUUGGUCUCUUACUUGAAGGGGAAGCAGGCUGCAGGGGUGAUCAGCCUGCCUGUGGGUGGGCCCAAGGGCAGGCCCUGCGAGGGCAUGCUCUACGCCUUCCCGCCCUGCCACUUCUCAGAGCAGUACCUGCAGUCGGCCCUGCAGACCCUGGGCAAGCUGGAAGAGGAACACAUGCUGGUCGUGAUAGUGACAGGCUCAGCCUAGCCCUGAGCUGCCUUUUCCAGCCCCGGGUCUGUGUCACAAAAGCAGUUACUUUAAAAUCGGGUUCCUUUUGGCCUGUUAGUCUGGCUGUUAAUCUGUAUAUAUGUCCAUUAAUUUUAUAAGGAAUUAGAAAAUAAGUAAAUGAAUCUGAGGCUAGCAAAAAAAGGGGGGAAGGGAAAGAGGAGGAACCAAUCGAGAUGUGUUAGGUACAAUUCCCCACCGUCAAUGUAAUUUUGUACUGCAAACAUGUACUAAGAAAAAUUUUUUAAAAAUCUGCUUCCUUCUCUA